AUGUCCGCUGACAAAUACUAUACUCUUGCCGAAGGUUGCCCCUUCGCAAGCAACAGCACUGCGGUGCUUAUGCGCAACAGACAAGGUGGGGGUCUAGGUUUAUUGCAGGAUACCCAGCUUAUCGAGACACUCGCGCAUUUCUCUCGUGAGAGGAUUCCAGAGCGCGUCGUUCAUGCCAAAGCAGUUGGGGCAUAUGGAGAGUUCGAAGCCACUGCCGACUGCUCCGACUUGACAUCCGCCAGCUUUCUCAAUAAGGCUGGCAAGAAGACUCCUAUUCUCCUUCGAGUUUCCACUGUUGGACCAGAGUCAGGCUCUUCUGAUACUUCACGGGAUGUCCAUGGCUGGGGGAUGAAGCUUUAUACUGAUGAAGGAAACCUAGACUGGGUCUUUAACAACACCCCAGUAUUUUUCAUUCGGGAUCCAAUCAAGUUCCCCUCCAUGAAUCGUUCUCACAAGAGACACCCACAGACUCAUCUUCCCGAUGCAAACAUGUUUUGGGACUUCCAUGUGGGCAACCCGGAAGGAAUCCACCAGCUCUUGGUUCUCUUUAGUGAUCGUGGAACUCCUCGAUCAGUCCGCUUUUUAAACUCCUACAGUGGACACACUUACAAGUUUACUAAGGAGGACGGUUCAUUCAAAUAUGUUAAGAUCCAGAUGAAGACCCAACAGGGAGUCAAGAAUUUUACCCGAGAAGAGGCAACUAGAAUUGCCGGCGAGGACCCCGAUUACAUGAUUCGAGAUAUGUUCGAGGCUAUCGAAAGAAAAGACUACCCUUCGUGGGAUGUUUUUGUCCAAGUCAUGGAUCCCUCCGAGGCUGAGCACUAUCGGUGGAAUAUCUUUGAUAUGACCAAAGUCUGGCCACACAAGGACUUUCCGUUGAGGAAGAUCGGCAAGAUGACCCUAAAUCGUAACCCCGGAAAUUAUUUUGCCGAUAUUGAGCAGGCGGCCUUCUCUCCAUCUACUAUGGUACCUGGAUUUGCCGCUUCCGCCGAUCCCGUCCUCCAAGCACGCUUAUUCGCCUAUCCUGACGCAGCUCGCUACCGCCUUGGCGUCAACUACCAGCAACUCCCAACUAAUGCAGCUAAGGUCCCCGUAUAUUCUCCUUUUGAGAGAGAUGGAAAAAUGAGAUUUGACGACAACUACGGCGGUGAUCCAAACUACGUCAAUUCCUCUCUCCAGCCGACCAAGUUCUACCCCGACGUCAAAGGAGUCAACCCUGAGUCGUUGAGCUUGCACACCGAGCACGAGAAGUGGGUUGGUGAAGUGACAACCUAUAGCAGCCACAUCAAGGACGAAGAUUUUAUCCAGCCUGCUGCUUUGUGGGAUGUCAUUGGCCGUGAUCCGGGGCACCAGAAUAGAGUCAUUGACAACCUUGCUGGAAGUAUCAGUGGGGUCAAAUCGCCAAGGCUUCGUAAUGAAGUAUAUGCACUCUUUAGCAGAGUCGAUCAGGAUCUUGGGAGGAAGGUCAAGCAGGCGACCGAGGCAGCUAUCAAAGACUGA